CAUCUCAUCUGGCUCAUCAUGAAUGGUGCCCCUUCCCCUGAGGAUGGCGCUGCCCCUUCUCCUCACCCUCUCCCAUCACCACCACCUUCCCCAGGUUGGGAGGAGUUCUGUGAAUCCCAGGCUCGGGAAGCAGCCCUGGACUGUGCACAACGCUUCCACCUCUACUGGGCUUCCCAUCUCCAGUACUCUGGGGAUGAGGCAGCCUUCUCCCGAUGUUUUGCUCUGCUCUUCUUGCAGCACUUUGAGGAGGAGGUAGCCCGGGCCUCGGGUUCCCUUUUAUCAUCUGGUCGGAUGCGCCUUAGUCUUGGUGAGGAAACCCCAUCAAGUGGUCCUUCCCUGCAGAGCUGUGGGAACAGUGAGCCUCUGACUGUGUGGGGUCGUUCUCGAUCCUCUGAAGACCUGGCUGGCCCUCUCCCUUCCUCGAUGACUUCAAACUCGUCAAAGCCUCAGGUGAAAAAACGCUUCUCCCUCCACUCAUUUGGCUGCUCAGUCCGAGGGAUCUUCCAGUGGCGGGGAGCGGGUGAACCCCCCUCUGCAGUGGGACCUUUGGACACCUCUGCCUCAGGGCCACCUGGCCUGGGUGGGGGUGGUAGCGCCAGUGAGGGGCCAACUAAGUGUGGGGCAUCCCCUGGGGAAAGCUUUGAGAUGGUGAUAAUAAGUAGGGGAGGGGGACCCUUGGAGAGCUCGGCCUCUGGGCCACCUGUCCUGGGUGAAAACAGCAACUCCCACUCCUCUGAUGGGGGUGAUAGCAUCAGUGAGGGGUCAACUAGCCAUGGGGCAUCCCCUGGGGAAAGCUUUGAGAUGGAGACACGAAGUAGGGCAGGAGGACCCUUAAAGGAUGGGGCAGGGACAAUGCACAGACAGGAGCUGCCCUUGGGACCUAGGGAGAGCAAUGAGGACCUGCCUCAGGGGGCCUGUGGGGGCCUCUCAGACCAUCCCUCAGCUUCUGUCUCCCCCAGCUCUGCCUCCGAUUAUGUCUCAACAGAACUGAUACCCCCUGAGGUGUCUCCCCGAUUCCCCAUUAAAAUGGGGCCCCCAGCGGGGAAAACAAAUCCCCGUCCAGCCCCUUAUGCUCCAGACACCACAGGUUCGUGGUUCUUCUGUCAGGGACAGUCACAUGGAGGUCAUAGGGAUGACCUCCUUUCAGAGUACCCUUGGUUCCAUGGGGACCUCCCUCGACUCCAAGCUGCCCAGCUAGUGCUGACAGAGGGUGUUGGCAAUCACGGUGUCUACCUGGUACGUAAAAGCCAGACGAGUCUGGGAGAUUAUGUCCUUACGUUAAACUUCCAGGGCAGGGCCAAGCACCUUCUUAUGUCCCUGAAUGAGUCUGGUCAGUGCCGGGUGCUAUACUUCUUGUUCCAGACACUCUUUAAUGUGCUGGCGCAUUUCAGUGUCUACCCUAUUCCCCUGAAGUCUGAAUCCUUCAACUAUGUUACCCUCACCAGCUAUGUUGAGGCUCCCCGGAGGCUAAAAGGAAUGGAAUGGGAGGUGGGCCUGUUGUUAGAAGAAAGAUCAGAGCCCAGCCAGAACAAGGCAGAGUUAGAAGUAGAGGACAGUACAGAAAUUGGGAUGAGCAGAGUCCUAACCUAA